AUGCACGACAUCACGGAACGAGUUCAGAAAUGGCAGAAGCUAGAUUUUGGUUGGAUAAAAUGCAACUUUGAUGCUGCUUGGUAUAAGAUUGGAUCGCGUGGAGGUAUUGGGAUUGUGGUAAGAAACUCAGAGGCCGAGUUCAUUGCAGCAAUGGUGGUCCGGGAGAAUGAGAUUCGUUCUGCAUUGCAUGCCGAGGCUGUUGCUGUGCGUGCAACAAUUGUGUUUACACGGCAAUGGUCAACUAAACAGGUGCAGGUGGAGGGUGAUGCUCUUAUGGUGAUAUCUGAAAUCCAUAAUGAAGGAACAACGCAUCAUGACCCUUAUGAACAUCUGUUUGCUGAUACGUGGCAAAUCCUUCUAAGUUUCAAGCAAUGGAAGGUUUCAUUUGGUCGAAAAGAUACGAAUAAGGUGGCUCACCGCCUAGCAAGAUUUAGUUUAGGUCUCGAUCACCCAGUUUCUUGGUUCGAGGAACCUCCUGAUGUAAUUUCUGAUUUAUUAUUGAAAGAUAGUAUUAGUAGUUAA